AUGCAAUAUGGAACAGCGCAAGAAAGAAGGUUAUUUCUAAUGAGUAAUACGAUGCAACAUAAUGACUCCCUCCUCCGUUUUAUGACCUGUGGUUCUGUCGAUGACGGCAAAAGCACAUUGAUUGGCCGUUUGCUAUUUGACACCAAAACUAUUUUGGCCGACACACUGACCAAUAUUUCUAACACAUCUAAAAAACGUGGCAUGGAAGCGGUCGAUUUGUCGCUACUCACCGAUGGUUUACAAGCAGAGCGCGAGCAAGGCAUUACCAUCGACGUGGCUUACCGUUAUUUCAGCACGGGCACACGCAAAUAUAUUAUUGCCGACGCGCCUGGCCAUGAGCAAUAUACCCGCAAUAUGGUGACCGCAGCCUCUACUGCUAAUCUCGCCAUUAUUUUGAUUGAUGCUCGCCGAGGCGUGCUGACGCAAACCCGUCGCCAUAGCUAUUUAGCGCACUUGGUAGGCAUUCAGCAUAUAGUCGUCGCUGUCAAUAAGAUGGAUUUAGUCAAUUACGACCAAGCCAUUUAUGACAAAAUUUGUGCAGAUUAUUUAGCUUUUGCCAAAGAAAUUGGCUUAGCUCAAGCCAGAGACAUUCGCUUUAUCCCCAUGUCUGCGCUCAAUGGCGACAUGCUG